AUGCCGGACGUCACCGACAACGACAAGGAAAAUCUGUUCAAGAGUGCCAUGCAGGGCGGCUGGAAAGAUGUGGCGGAAACCUACGCCCGGCACGAGAAGGUCCGCGAAACAAAGAUAACCUGGGGUGGGGAUACCUUGCUGCACUUGGCCGCAUCGAGCAGCGCAGAGAACAAUGUGAAGCUUCUCAUGAAGUGCCUGAUCGACGCAAAGGACGAAAGAUAUAUAUGUCAGAUUCUGGAGAUCCAGAACGAGAGGGGUGACACGGCGCUCCACAUCGCCGCCGCUCUUGGGAUGGAGGGCGUGUGCUUGGCCAUGGCCAGCUUGAACCCCCGCAUGGUGGUCGACAAUCUCAACGAACGCAAAGAGACGCCCCUCUUCAAGGCCGUGCGCCACGGCCACAAGAAAGCCUUCUUCGCCCUGCAGUCUGUCGUGGAGACCCACAUUGAGCACCCCACUCUUGUCAGGAGUGAAGGUGGCGACACCAUCCUCCAUAAUGCCAUUUUCGCGGAGCACUUUGAUCUGGCCUUAGAGAUCAUAAGGUGCUAUCCAGAUACGGUGAACGCCAUGAAUGAGAAGGGGGAGUCGCCUCUCCAUGUCUUGGCCAACAAGCCAUCAGCUUUCAGAAGUGGUAGCCAUUUCAACCUACUUGACAGUCAUGGUUACCGGCCUUGGAAGGUUAGCUUAUAUGUCAUCUGGGGAGUAGGCGAGUUUGGUGGAUUUCAAGCUAUACCAAACCAAGUGCACUCGGCCAUAUAUGAACUGGCAUCAGAUGGUCAUCCUUCCAUCAUAAUGUAUAGGUGGACAAUGUCUAUCGAGCGCAAGUUCUCUAUGGUACUUGUGAUGCACUGUAGAGUGUGA